AUGGACUGGGCACCCGCGGCAUGGGUGMACGGCAUCUGGGGCAUCGCUGCGUACAUAGGCGAUAGUGCGAUUUGUUCCCCACCGCACACCAUCUGUCCACCCUGCGAGCAAUGCCUGCCUUGGCCCAAUGGCACAAACCCAGAUGGCACUCGUUGGCAAGCCGUGAAGAUACCCGUAGUCUAUACCGAAUACAUUCAGAGAAAGGAUUGCGAGCCUAGGAAUCCUACUACAUUUCAAGCUCAAUGCCCAACGCUGAAGCCCUGCUUUGAUUGGAAAAACUGGUUGUCGGACCUGCGUCUGCCGGAAUUGGAUCUGGGCGAGGACUUUGUGCGGGAUAUAUUGCCAUGGCUUGUGGGAUUGCUGGCUGUGCUUCUACUUCUGAUAUACUUGUUCUGUAUUCCUUGUCGACACACUAGGCAUCGUCCCAGCAGAAACGUCGGCGCUCCUGGAGGAAACCUGGGUGGUCCUAGUGGAAAUAACGGCGGUCCUGGAGGAGGCGGUGGUGGCGGUGGCAGUGAUCCUCCAUCUUCUGAUCUUCUUCGGGAAAAGGAGAGGCUUGAAGAUGAGCUUGCGAGGUGCAGACAGCACGGAGUAGAACAACAGGCUAAGAUCGAUUCCCUCAAAGCUGCACAGACUUCCAACAAUCAAACGGCGGCUGUCCGAGAGGCGCAACUCAGGGGAGACCUCGAGGACUGCCACAAGCGAGGCGCAGGACUUCAAGCCAAGAUCGAUUCCGAUAAACUUCUUCUGGAUGAGUGUAUACGAGGAAGUCAAGUGCUCCAGGGGCAGCUGGCUAAUGCGCAGGCAGUCGCCGACGAGGCCUCCAGGCAACUUGUAAUCGCUGACAGGCAGGCAGCAGAGGAUCCACUCGCUGAGUGCGAAAGAGGCCGCGCCGCGCUUCAGAGGCAACUCGACGAUGCAAAGACGUUGGCCACGCAGUGUUUAGAACAGUUGAAUGAUACUGAGGCGAGGCUUGGUGAAGCCGUGAGGCGUCGCGAAUCCCUUCAAAACCGACUUGAUCUAACCAGAGCUUCCGAGGAAGACACUGAGAGGACGACCGAUGGAUCAAACUCGCUCCCUACCUCACAUGUCACAUCUGAUGGAGAUGCCCCUGACGACUUGGACAAAUGCAGAGAAGAGCGUGCUGAGCUGCGGAGACAACUCCACGCCGCUCAUGCCCUAGCAUCGCAAGGCGCCGAGAAGCUUGCGAGGCUCGAUCAGAUUCUGCAGAACGGUCGAAGUGUCAUCAACGGAUCUCCAGAGCAGUAUCCCAGCCCAACGCCUACUCCAGCACCUGCCGCAUCAGCUCAGUCACCUUCUGAUGACCUUGAGAGGUGCGAAGCCGAUCGUAGGAGACUUCGGGAUCAACUAGACACUGCUGCCGAAGCGGCUAGAUUGGCUGCUACGGAGCUGGCGAAUGCUCGUGCUGAGAAUACAAGACUUGGCAAUGCGCUUACUGAGCUCAACGCUACUUGGAAUCCGACUCCAAAUGCCACCAAUAAUGCUGCGACGAAUACUGAUGCCUCCCCCGAUAUCCACGCCGAAUGUGAGACUAGACAAAGAACGCUGCAGGAGAGUCUUGAUGCCGCUAGGACUGCCCAGGAAGCUGCGGAGACGCAGGUCACGGAUCUGCAGAGUCAGAUUGAUGAUGCUGCACAGGACGCAAAUCGCUCUACAGACGGAUCUAAUUUGCCUCAUGAUGGCACAAUACGAACCACUGGUGAAUGCGAGGUUUGCGCCGCAACCAGAGCUGCUGUGCAAAAUGACAUUGCGCAUGCGAAUGCAGAAGCAGACAGAAAAGUCAAGGCAGCAUUCGAUCGGGUUGAUAGAAUCAUGGAAGAUUUUGAGUACAGGCAACUAAGAGACAAGCAGGACUAUCAAGACCGCGAAGCGGAAUUGAGGGAGCGGGAAAAUCGAAUUCCGGAACCUGAAUGCGAAAGAAGUCUUCGGGAAGCUCAGAAUCGUAUUCAAGAGCUCAAAGAGAUCAUCAGUGGAGUCCAAAAUGGCCCAGACGCUGAGUCGAUUGACGAAGUAACCGGAAGUGGACCUCACGAGGAUCGGACGCAGAAUGAGUGCGAGAGAGAGCUCAGACGUAUAACAAGGCAGCUUCAGCAGGCACAGAUAGAUCUUGCGACGGCUAAUAGUUGGAGCGAGGAGCUCGAAGCGGAACUGGAGUUAAAGGCAAUCCGGCUUUCUGAGCAAUCGGGCCAAAGAAGCUCGACUUGCGAAGAAGAUUGUCGAAGGGCAAAGGAGAAGCAAGAUCAAGCCGAGCUCGAUCUUCAGAGAGAGAGAGCCCACAAUCUGAUGACCAUGGAAGUUACCACGACGUCCUUGGAGACUGUGCGUCGGGAGGUCGCGGAUUUGAAUCGACAGCUGGGUCAAGCGAGGGAUGCUACUUCUAGGGCUGAUCGGGCAAAGGGGCAAGCCAAGGAUAGGUUGAGGGAAUCCAGAGAGCACCUUGCCGCCAUUCAGAGAUCUCAGGACGAAUCCAAAGGGCAGACAACACCUGCUACGGCACCAAUGCCGGAUGAAAACGAGGGUGCGUCAAUUACUAACCCGCCUGUUGAUCCUUGUGCCGAUGUCAAGGCAGAACUCAGGGAUGCCAGGGAGAAGAUCGAACAGCUUAAGAACGACGUAACCGACGCAGAGGCUGCCCAGAAAGAAGCCGAAGAUAAAGUCCGAGAACUCGAACAAACGCUAAGCGWUAAAGAAGAUGAUCAUCAAAUAACUCGUCUUACGUUGGUGCAAGAGCGCGAAGACGCUGAGAAAGAGUCCGCGGAUCUCCAGGUAUCUUUGGAAAGAUUACAGAGGAGAUUGGAUUCCACUGCUACAGGAUCUGGAGGGACCGAUCAGGGGCAGGGGCCAGUGUCCGAGCCUGAAGAAUCUUGUGAUGAAGUCAGGGAGCAGCUGCGAUUAGCACGGGAAGAGCUUGCAAGGCUUCGAAGAGGUACUGGCGCGCAAAACCAGCCGCCUGUCAUCUCACCAGUGGACAGUUUCAGCUCUCUUCUGAGUGCACGCCCUUUGCAACCCCGUCAGAGUGCAAAUGCUCCACCUCCACAACCACAGUCUCCUCCUGGGGAGAGAUGGGCAGCUGAGCGAGGCGAUGAGUGGGAGGCGGAAUUUGAAGUGCAAAGAACCGCGCUUCGUGAUCUUCUGAGUCAAAGGGUACUUGAACCACGCAAUACCGCUCCGGAUUCUGGAUCUGAGGAGAAUUGCGAUGAGAUCAGGAGACAAUUAGCCGAAGCCAGAAUUCGAAUCCAGGAACUUGAGAGUCAAAUCCAGAGACUUGGGGGUGAGCAGGCUCCCGCAGACCCGGACGCUUCGCCGGCUGAAGGUAACGGGGAGGACACAACACACGAGCAUCACACAGAGCCAGCUGGAACUACCGACCACGGUGAGGCUCAAAGGCCAGCGUCUACGUUCAUCUUCCACCAAAGUAACAUUCCACUUGCGAUACAGCAUAGGCUGCUAUCAAUGUUCGAGGUGGUAUUGACACGAAUAAACUCUAACAGAUCGAGCGAAUCAAGGGUCGAAUAUGAAGAAUUACUACAACAGUGGACCGAGCUCGUUCCUGAACUCGGACAUGAACUCGUCCCGAUCGAUGAGGUUCCACGAGCUCUCCGGGAUCUCCUUGGCGAAUUAUUGCAUGAGUUUGAAGAAUCGGUCACUACGGCAAAUAUCCAGAUCGUACCGGGAUAUCCUAAUGAGAAGCGCAAACGUAUUAGCUAUGAGGGGACGUUUAGAGAUGGGGACGAUUUAUAUCAUCGCUUUGAGCUGAAAGAUGAUGAGGAGUAUGCGAGAGUCAAAAUCAUGUCGAGAAACGACGCAAAUUCUGCUGGAGUCAAGGGGAUUUUGGAGGGACCGGAGACUCAGACGAUUCGUGGCAGAUGGYGGAGUAAUGGGAUGAGACGAGCGGUUCAACAGGGGAAUGCUGAAAGUCUUCGUCCACUACCAAUCACACCCCCUUGGCAAAUAAGGCAAAGAGAACUCGCGAGACAAAGGGCCCUCGAAGGCGAAACCACUCCCUCUCCCUCCGACGGAACAACAACAGAAUCCACCCCUACAACCAACCGAACAGCAUCCACGACCAUUGGCCUCGGAACCCAAGAAGAUUUUGAAGCGAGAACAGAACAAGCCGAGCGCAAUCGAGCUUUCCGUGCCGAAGAAGCUGCUCGAAGGGGGAAUCCUAAUUAUUACACCGAACAAGGCAUUAUUGAGCGUCAACCAGCGAAUAAAGCUAUUCCUAUCGUACGUCCUCCUUCUUCCAGGAGAUCCAAGAGCGUAGAUCAUGAGGAUGUUGAUCGUGGUCCAUCUCAACAGGAAAGAUCUAGACGAUUCUCGCAUCCGUCAACAAGUCCCACGCCGACUAGAAGAAACCCGCUUCCGUCCUCUAGUCUUGGAAAUACAGUAGAUGCAACCGAGGAUGUCAAAAUUCCUCCUUUCCGUCGACCUUCUGAAACGGCUGCGCCAUCAUGGCCUGGUUUUGGACCUGCGGUACCCACGGGACCGAGAAUUCCGACGGGAUCGCGCAUAUCAUCAAAUUUGCAGGGAAUUCCUCCUUCUUAUCAACAGCCUCCUCCAUCGAGGAUUUCUUCUGGGGUUAUAGGAGAUGCAGAUCGGCGUCGUACGUCGAUUCGCAUGCCGGAAUUCGGAGCUGGAGAUGCUCGGCAUGCUGAGAGGAAUGUCUCGCCUGAUCAUCAUGCUCCCGCAGCUGAAAAUACGAGUAGUGUAUCGACUGGAGGUGUGACAAAUCCACCGAUCCGGCAAGGUCAGUUAAUGUCUCCGGAUUUUACGGAUCCGUUUCAGGAUCCACCUAGCAUUACUACUCCCGCCCCUCCACUUCCGAAUACAAAUGGUAACUCAGCAAUAACUCCCGUCCCAACGCAAUCUACACAGCAGCCAACAAGUGCAGAACCGAGACCUGCUACCACGAAGUCCAGGGGCGUCGGAUUGAAGGACUCGUAUUGGGCUGUUCCUAGGGACUAG